AUGAAUUUGCUGGCGUAUACAGUGGCUUCUCUGUGGUGGGUUACGCAACCGCUGAAUCCGGCCGGCCGGCGGGAGCGGCGGCCAAUGGCGGCGUUCGCCCGGCGACACACCUCCGCGCUUCGAAAUUGGAACGGUGCGCGCGCCGGCACUAUCGAGCGCCAACGCGAACGUCACUGUCACUCAGUUGACAGUCGCGCGCCGCGGAGACUGGCUGUUAACGCGCCCCGUGGCGUCCGAGUCCUCUCCACGCCGCCUCCGGCCCGCGACGACCUCGACCUAAACUUCAACAGCCCCCGCGAGGCGUUCAAAAGCAAGAAGACCAGCGAGCUAGUGCGCGCCUACUUAGUCUACCAAAUAUGCUCUAUCAACUGGAUCGUCGAGAACAACGACAUGUUGAUGAGGCGUCUGCGUCAAGUCGUCGGACAGCGGCUCUUCGAGGCGAUAAUGAAGGCCACGUUCUACGGCCAGUUCGUAGCUGGCGAGGACCAGAACAAGAUCCGGCCCACCAUCGAGAGAUUGCGCUCGUUCGGAGUGAAGUCCAUUUUGGACUACUCCGUGGAGGAAGACCUGUCGCAGGAGGAGGCUGAGAAGAGAGAAGUCAGCGCCUCGAUAUCCGCUUGCGGCGACAAGCAAGAGGAGGGUCAGCUCAAGCAGUACCACGUGGAGCAGCGCUUCGCUGACCGUCGGUACAAGGUGACCAGCGCCCGCACCUACUUCUACCUGAACGAGGCCUCCUGCGAGAAGAACAUGGAGGCGUUCCUGAGGAGCAUCGACGCGGUUGCUGGAAUUACCAAGAGUACUGGUCUGAUGGCGAUUAAGUUGACCGCCCUGGGAAGACCUCAGUUACUCCUUCAGCUGUCGGAGGUGAUAAUGCGGGCACGGAACUACAUGCAGCAGAUCGCCGGCGGCACGGGCAACGUGCUCACCCACCACAAGACCAUCGAGGACUUCCAGCGCUACUUCGGCGACCACAGCUCCAAGCCUGAGGUGCAGGAGUUCAUGCGCAAGAUCACCUCGGACAAGGAGGGCAUCGUGCACCUGUUCCCCUGGUCGAACAUCCUGGACAAGGAUAUGAACCUGUCCGACUCUUUCCGCGUGCCGGACCCUAAGAGCGGCCAGAUGCGCCGCCUCAUCUCGCAGAUCUCGCCCAAGGAGGAGGAGAUGUUCAGGAACAUGCUGCGCCGCCUGAACCACAUCAUCCAGGUGGCGAACGAGGCGGACGUGCGCGUGAUGAUUGACGCCGAGCAGACAUACUUCCAGCCGGCGAUAUCCAGGAUCUGUCUGGAGAUGAUGAGGCGAUACAACAAGGAGAAGUUCCUCGUGUUCAACACUUACCAGACGUACCUGAAGAACACCUACAACGAGAUCCUCACGGACUUGGAGCAGGCGCAGCGGCAGAACUUCUACUGGGGCGCUAAGCUGGUGCGCGGCGCUUACAUCGAGCAGGAGCGUGCCCGAGCCGCCGCCAUGGGCUACGAGGACCCCACCUGCGAGAGCGUCGACGCCACCACCGCCUCCUUCCACCGCUGCCUCAACGAGAUCCUCAGCCGCGUCAAGGAGAGCCAGUACCGGCUGGGCAUAAUGGUGGCGUCCCACAACGAGGACACGGUGCGCUACGCCAUCCAGCUGAUGAAGGAGCGCGGCAUCCGACCUGAAGACAAGGUGGUCUGCUUCGGCCAGCUGCUCGGCAUGUGCGACCACAUCACCUUCCCCCUAGGGCAAGCGGGCUACUCGGCGUACAAGUACGUGCCGUACGGGCCGGUGGCGGAGGUGUUGCCGUACCUGUCGCGGCGCGCCAACGAGAACCGCGGCUUCCUCGCCAAGAUCAAGAAGGAGAAGGGGCUGCUGCUCAAGGAGAUCGGCCGCCGGCUGCUCACCGGCCAGCUCUUCUACAAGCCGGUCGGCAACUACACGCCCGUC